CUUUUCCUACAGCUUGGGGUUGCUGCAAGCACAUCCGCUAACAUGGUGCUCUACGAAUAUGAUUACAUCUUUGCCAUUGGCACUCUGUUUGCCAUGCUGGAUGCCUACAACAACGGAGCCAACGAUGUUGCGAACUCCUGGGCCACCAGUGUCUCCUCCCGGUCCAUCUCCUACCGACAGGCCAUGAUCUUCGGCACAGUCUUCGAAAUGCUCGGCGCCAUCACUGUCGGUGCCCGAACCGCCGAUACGAUCAAGAACGGCAUCAUCCCCAACUCCGCCUUCCAAGGCAACGCCGGUGUUCAGAUGCUAGCGUUCACAUGUGCCCUUGCCGCCGCCUCUUCAUGGGUCAUGUGGUGCACCCGUCACUCCGCCCACGUUUCAUCUACCUACUCUCUCAUCUCUGCUGUCGCUGGUGUUGGUGUUGCUACUGUCGGAGCCUCAAAAGUCCAGUGGGGAUGGAACGACGGCAAGGGUCUCGGUGCCAUCUUCGCCGGCCUGGGUAUGGCUCCCGCCAUUGCUGCUGGUUUCGCGGCCAGCAUCUUCCUGUUGAUCCGCUUCGUCGUCCACGUCCGCAAGAACCCGGCGCCUUGGGCCGUCUAUACCUCUCCCUUCUUCUUCCUCAUCGCCGGCACUAUCUGCACGCUGUCCAUCGUCUACAAGGGCUCUCCUUCUUUGGGUCUGGCGAAGAAGCCCGGUUGGUACAUUGCUGCCGUCACCAUGGGCACUGGUGGUGGUGUCUGCCUGCUGUCCGCCAUCUUCUUCGUCCCCUUUGCCCGUGCCAAGAUCCUGAAGAAGGACUAUACCAUCAAGUGGUGGAUGUUCAUCCUCGGCCCCCUCCUGUGGAACCGCCCUGCGCCUGCGGAUGCUGAGUCUGCCGCCGUCCCCGACUAUGCCGUUGUACAGGAGCACAAGAACGAGCACUCCUCCGGCCAUUCUGUCGAUGAGUCUCUCGAAGGCGGCGAGGGCCUGAAGAAGGGCGAUGCCGAUGUCGCCACCACCCCUGCUGAGAGGAGCUUGUCUGCUGUCGAGGCCAACAAGCCCACCUACUCUGAGCUCAUGGCCCAGACCCAGAACAAGCUCCACGCCAGACUGUACGCCAACCGCGGCCCUAUCGGCUGGGCUAUGCGCACUCUCCGUGACAACCCCAUGGGCCCUGGUGAGAUUUACGAGUGGAGGAACAUCAAGAUCCUUGCCAUUCGCGUCCCUGCCAUGAUCGUCGCCGGCCUCCUCUACGGUCUUCACUACGACAUCCACGCUGCACAGACUGGUACGGAGGGUACUCCAGACGGUGACCGCAUGAAGCGCGUCUAUGCCCACGCUGAAAAGUUCCCCAACGAGGUCGAGCACACCUACUCCUUCAUCCAGGUCCUCACUGCCUGCACUGCCUCUUUCGCCCACGGUGCCAACGAUAUCGGCAACUCUGUCGGCCCUUGGGCUGUUAUCUACUCUGCCUGGAAGACUGGCAACGCUGCCGCUGCCAAGGCCCCCGUGCCCGUCUGGCAGCUUGCUGUCCUGUCCGGCAUGAUCUCCAUCGGUCUCUGCACUUAUGGUUACAAUAUCAUGAAAGUCAUGGGUAACAAGAUCACUUACCACUCUCCCUCUCGUGGUUGCUCCAUGGAGAUGGGUGCCGCCAUCACCGUCCUCGUCUUCUCCCAGUAUUCCCUGCCCGUCUCUACCUCCAUGUGCAUCACUGGUGCCACCGUCGGCGUCGGUCUCUGCAAUGGCACUCUCAAGGCCGUCAACUUCCAGAGAGUCGGCCUCCUGCUCUUCUCCUGGAUCAUGACCAUCCCCAUUGCCGGCACCCUGGGCGGUGUCCUCAUGGGCCUCUUCCUCAACGCUCCCCACUUCGCCUCUAUCACCGCUUCUGCUUAAGAAGCU